AUGCCCCAAUUAAACCCGUCUUUGGCCCUCCGGGCCCUGCGAACUCUGGUCCAGCGUCCGACGCCAUCUCUCGCCCCCCUCCGUACCCUCACAACCUCCACCCAGGGACUCGCCGGCCGAACAACCCCGAUCACCACCCGCUUCAGCUUCCAACCCGUCUUCCGCAGCCAGACAGCGCUUUCCCUGUCAACCACUGCCCGCCGCGAAUUCUCCAGCUCCCCUAUUAUCCGCGCCACCUACAACCAAGUGCGCCGAGGCUGCCGUCAGGGUCAGCGCGCACGCCGUGGACGGUCUCCGGCCUUGAAGGACCACCCGUCACUGAAGGGUGUGUGUCUGAAGACCGGUAUCACCAAGCCCAAGAAGCCCAACUCUGGCGAACGCAAGACUGCUCGUGUUCGUUUGAGUUCUGGCAAGGUCGUUACUACCAUUAUUCCCGGUGAGGGCCACAACAUUCAACAGCACAGUGUGGUUCAGGUUCGUGGUGGCCGUGCUCAGGAUUGUCCUGGUGUGAAAUACCAUUUGGUUCGUGGUGCAAUGGAUCUGGGUGGUGUUGGAAGUCGACAGACUAGCCGUUCGAAGUACGGAACCAAGAAGCCCAAGGGCAACUAA